GACACGGAGCCCAACCCCAUCUGAUCUCACCCAACUUGAUGCUACCCGCGGACAGAAAAUCGCUAGGGUUCGACCGCCUGCCUCGUUCUGUGUCUGGAGAUCUGCUAAUUUGAUGCUGCGCGAUCAAUUGACUCUUCCUUGACCGUGGACACACAUUGGACCAACUUUCGGUCCUUCUCGCAGCAGAGGGCAAAUUCAGAGAGCAGCGGUGAGGGAAGUACAGUGUGGGAGUUCAACUGGGUACAGCCAUGGCAGACGAGUUGGCAGAAACGACGAAGUCGUUGAGAUUGGACGAUCCCAAGGCUGACGACUUGGAGGAGGUAGAGAUUGCGGAGAAGCCCGUAGAUGAGGCACCUAGGGCGAAAAAGCACCCGUUGGAGCAUUCAUGGACGUUUUGGUUCGAUAACCCGAAUGGGAAGCAGAAGCAGGCGACAUGGGGUAGCUCUCUCCGUGCCGUGUAUACGUUCGAUACCGUCGAAGAUUUUUGGUGUUUUUAUAAUAACGUUUUGCAACCUAGCAAACUAAAUGCGGGUGCAGAUUUUCACUGCUUCAAGGCAGGAAUUGAGCCUAAGUGGGAGGAUCCCAAGUGCGCUCAUGGUGGGAAAUGGACUGCUCAGCCUCCCAGGAGUGGCGGCAAGGCUGCCCUGGAUACUUACUGGCUACACACUUUGCUCGCAAUGAUCGGAGAGCAAUUUGACGAAAGCGAAGAAAUUUGUGGAGCAGUUGUAAGCGUCAGAAGGGCUCAAGAUAAGAUUGCUAUCUGGACUAAGACUGCAUCCAACGAGGCCGCUCAGGUUACUAUUGGGAAACAAUGGAAGGAUAUUAUUGACUGCAAUGACAAGCUGGGCUACCUUGUUCAUGAGGACGCUAAAAGACAAGAAAAGGGUGCCAAAAACAGAUACACUGUUUAGAAAAUAGAGUUUCUUAGAAUGUAUCCCUUAUGUUAGGACUGCCAGCUUAAUUUUGGUUUGGUUGCUUUUGGUCGCCUGUGGUGGAUUUCUGGUUUUUAGACAGAGUUACAAGUUGCAAUGGCACUGACUUUUGACAUUUCUGUUGUUUUUGUUGGUGAAGAAUGCAAAAUUGCUUUAGCAAUUUGAGGCUGUAAAUUAGAGCGGGGCUCUAUUAUGUUAUUGAGAAUUUUCAUCCUGACGGUAUAUGCUGUCACAGCU